CACAUAAAGCUCCGGUGGCUGUUGUAUGCGCCGUUGAGUGGCGCACCCCGGCGAUCAGUAGCGCGCGGAGCUUUCGCAGCUUUGUACUUUGGGGCUCAGAGGCUCAGUCAGACGCAGCACCGGCGGUAGUAGGACGUGUGGUUCGGCGCGCGUGGCGUUGAAGCACGCGGUUCUGUGUCGCGUGCUCACUCCGGAACAGCCCGGACUCGGAUGGUGGUGGUCAGCGAUGUCAUCUGACAUCAAGGAGGACAGACCCAACGCGUCCAAGGAGGAGGAGGACAAUGCCGUGACCAAAGAGUUUUGUGCCAACAGGACGCUUUCUUGGCACGAGCACGUCUACAAGAAGUUAACCAACAAACCCACGCCGCACCUGAUCGAGAACAUCCUGGGGAUCCAGAACCGGCCCCAUCAGUUCAAAGAAGUGCAGGACUUACCCAAAAGUAAUAGAAUGACUGUUAGUGCACCCGUUUCCCCGCAGGAUAAGUUCCCUAAGUUGGAGCCCUCUGUGAACGAAGUUAAUGAACCUUUAAAUUUGUCAAUUCGUAGUGACCUUAAAGUGCGGACAAAGACUGUUAAAGAACCGACAAGAAAGAGAAAAAAGACUAGGGAACCGCUGGAUCUGAAGUUAUCAACGGGCCCCCUUCAUCCCCCGCACCCCACCGAAUCCAUAGCGGAAGACGGCGAUGCGAAAAGUAAGAAGAAAAAAGCUCGGACCACGUUCACAGGAAGACAGAUUUUCGAGUUGGAAAAGCAGUUCGAAAUGAAGAAGUAUCUGAGUAGCAGCGAAAGAUCGGAGAUGGCCAAGCUACUUAAUGUUACUGAAACUCAGGUGAAGAUCUGGUUCCAAAACCGACGGACAAAGUGGAAGAAGAUCGACAACAUCUCGAACGCGGAGGCGGCAGAGCACAAGAACCACACGAUCCCGAAGGACGGGGCGAAGUCCGACGACGUCAAGUUGCGGACCUACUCGAAGCACGUCAGCCAGAGCUCCAACUCGAGCAUGGAGAGCGACUCCAAGAGUUCGGUCACCUCGGGAGCCGACUCCUUGCAAGCUAAAUCUUUCAAAGAUAUUCUGCAAAAUUCGCGCACAAACCCGCUGUCUCCCGACCCACACUUCCAAUCCCAGAUGGACUCUGCCAAAGAUGUUCUCUUGAAUUUGUCGUUUAACAUUAAGGACAAAUCCUAAAAGGAUGUCUUCUAGUGACAAAUUUGUAACACAAAGAGUACAAUUCCGUUAGUUGCACAUACAUAUUAGAAGAAUAUUUUUCAUAACUGAUUUAGAUGUAUCGUAACUUCAUAUUUUGUAUGUAAAUACCACUAUGUUUGUAAUGAUCCAUUUCAUGUAAUAUCAUCAUUGAAUAAA